AUGGUCAUGGAUAAGAGGUCGGUGAACAAUCCGCGUUACCGCCGCUCCGAUCCGAUAGUACCAAAGAGACCACGUGCUGGAUUGGAGAGAAAUGACUCGAUUGACGAGAUUCUGAGGAUGAAGACUCUGCACGACAAGUUCAGAUCGUUGAAUUCGAAGCACAAAGUUCGCUACAGUCCAAUCAAAAUGGUCGGGAAAGGAGGCUUCGGCCAGGUGUUUGAGUGCACGGCUGAUGUUACGAACUCUGGAGGCUACGAGAUGCCGCAGGUGGUGGCGUUGAAGACUGAAACUGGCAGUGAAAUCAAGCUCGAGGUUGGUUUUGUUUAACAAAUAUCGUAUUAGGCUUUGGGUCUUUAACACUAAUUUAUUGAGUGAAUCGAAAGCCCGGUGUGAUAGUGGGGUGAUUUAUUUUUUUCAGGGGUAGAUGGCGAAGGAGAGAAGACCAAGUUUUUCUGGUUUUUACUGUUCAUAUAACAUAAAAAUGAAUUUUUUUGUUUAUCACAUGUUUGUAGAUGAAAGUGUUGCUGAAGCUCAAAAACCACAAUCAUUUUUGUGAAUUGUACGACUUUGGCCAGAUAACACCAGGAUACUCGUUCAUUGUCAUGACAUUACUGGGUCCAAACUUGUCUACAAUCAGGAAAAAAAUGCCUACGAAGCAGUUCACAGUCUCGACUUCAAUCAGGGCUGGUUUACAGGUAAAUAUACAUAGUUCACAGUUGUUAUAGAUAUUUUAAGAUAUUAAUUUAUUUUUAAAUAAAAGUUGCUCUUCUUGCGUAAAACGAACAUACUAUUAAUUACUGCGGUAGUAUCAGUCUAUGUUUAGUUUUGUUAAACUCCAUUCAACGGCGUAUUUUACCUCAUUUCAGAUGCUAAUGGCGAUAGAAGCCUUGCACGGUGCUGGCUUCAUUUCUCGUGAUGUAAAGCCGAGUAACUUUGCCAUCGGAAGACCUAAUGGUAAUCGUCGUAUGGUGUACAUGAUUGACUUUGGCAUAUCUUUGGUCUACAAAGAUCAAAAUGGUCCUGUCAAGCUGAAGAGAAGCGAAAUGACAUGGAGAGGUACCAACAGAUAUUGCUCUUUGGGUCAUCACAAGAAACAUGUAAGACACCAAGGUUUUUGUAGUAUAAUAUAUAGUAAGAGCUAAUUUUUGAAUUUUUUUUUAAUUAUUAAAAGUAGCGGUACUCUUGUUUUUUGUUACUUAAAAUACCGAUAAAUGCGGUAAUUACAACUAAAUGCUAUAUAAAAGAAAUGUAAGGUAUAUAGGCAUAUUAUGAGUAAUAAAAUACAAGUACUUUACUACAUUUGCAGUUGCCAUCUCCAAAAGACGAUGUAGAGAGCUGGUUCUACAGUCUGAUGGAACUGUGUGUGGGCGAGUUACCGUGGCAGUAUCUGGGCAAGCAUCAGAAGGCCGAGACCUGUAAGGCCAAGGAAGUUGUCAGAACCACAAAACGAGAAUACUUUUUGGGAUCGUGUCCUUUCGAAUUCGAUCAGAUCCUGGGACUUAUCGACCGAAUGACUCGCGACAGCAUUGUUGAGUAUCACAAGGUAAUCAUUACUACUACGGUGGCUAAAGUUUAUAGUAUUAUAUAUAAAGGGUUAUACUUUGUAACACAUAUAAAGACUUACAUUAUUUGCUACGUUAUGUUAAUUGUUGUAGUAGUUCUGUUAUAUUUAUGUUAUAUAUAGUACAUGCUAUUUGUUAUGACGCACUUAAUGUAAAACUUGAUUCAGAUCUACGCUAGCCUGACCAGGUGCCUGAUCCGUGACAAGGUCGACUUCAAAGACCCGUACGACUGGGAGUACAUGUUGUCAUCGUACCAAUGCAGUAGCAGUACGGCUGCUUCUUCUGACCGAAUCGAGACUCUCGACAAGUCUCUUUAUCAAUAA